CUUAAAAGUGAGAUGUUGAUCCUGAUAAACCUGUUUUUACUUCUUGGCACCGUUGCCAUUCACGCCAUGACAAACAACUUGAAAGAGAAUAUUGCAACCAAGGGAAAGGCUGUACAGUCAUCUACAUAUUACUUAAAGGCUGACGCUGCAAUUGAUGAUAUAGAUUUUUACUGCACACACACUAAAACCGAGACGAACCCAUGGUGGAGGCUGGAUAUGAUGGACCUACAAAUCAUUGAAAAAGUGAUCAUCACUAACAGGAUGGACUGCUGCUUUGAACAAAUCAACGGAGCAGAGAUUCGCAUUGGAAUGUCCUUGGAGAACAACGGCAACAACAAUUCCAAAUGUGCAGAAAUUUCUGGUAUUUCAGCACGUCAGUCUGUUUCCUACUCAUGCGGUGGAAUGCAAGGCCGUUAUGUGAAUGUGGUCAUUCCUGGAGAUUCAAAGAAUCUCUCUCUGUGUGAAGUUGAAGUCUUCAUAAACGGUACUUCUUGA